GCGACAACACGUGUGCGGUGCUUCUGAAAGGUGUUCCACUUGCGUUUUCACUACAGAUUGUUUAUUGCUAUCGUGUUAAAGUUGUGAUGUAAACAAAUAGAAAAUGUUUGACUCACGAUGCGCCGGAUGUAAAUAAGUAGUCUGUGUCUUAGUUGUAGAUUUUUUAUUAAGUGCUCGUGUACAUCUGUGUUUUGUUAUCUUUUGGUCUUGUGAGUGCGUUGGAGUAAACAAGUUGAGUUAUUUAAUUAAAUGUAAAGGAUACAUUCUAUUUGACUGAUGAUUAAAGAAUAAAGGAUGAUAAUGAAGAGUAGUUAGAGGUGCUGUGGUUUGCUGAGGCGGGCCGAUAUGAACUCGGACGUGCACCGACACCAGGCCCAUCCACCGCUUGCCCAGGUACACGGCGUUCACACGGGGGCGCAGAGCGUGGGCUGCGGCUGGUACUCCGCGUCGACCGCGCCCGCGCCCACCGCGCCAGCGCGCGUCAAGAGGGCACAGCCACCACCACAACUACCAACUGGAGGAGGCGGUGUUGUGAUCAGUAAUGGUCCACACGUGCCCCUCUCGCCCACCGCUCUGCAGAAUUCUAUACAACAUAAUCUGUCGUACAGCGCGAAGUGUGACGUCACGCUCGGGCAGCAGAACGUGAUGUCGUCCUCUGUGCGAGCAGCAGCGCCGGCCGGGCCCGCCCCCGCGCCCAACGCUAUGCACACCUCGCAGACUACACCCGUGGUGUCGAAAGGCGCCAGCGACGUGUUGGUCAACUCGUCGGCAAACAACCCGCCCGCCGCCACGAGGCUUGUCAACAUGUCGCAGUGGCCAUGGCACCACGGGGCGAUAUCUCGCGAGCGCGCCGAGGCGCUGCUGUCGGGUUCUCCGGACGGUGUGUUCCUCGUGCGCGAGAGCACCAACUUCCCCGGAGACCACACACUCUGUGUCCGCUUCAGGGGCCGCGUCGAGCACUACCGGGUAAAAUGGGCAACAGCUCCCGACAGUCAAACGCAACGUCUAACCAUAGAUGAUGAGGAGUUUUUCGAUACGAUGACGGAUUUAAUACAUCAUUACCUUCAAGACGCGGACGGACUUUGCACGAAGCUGGUCCGGUGCUUACCGAAGGCGGCGAUUAACGGAGCCAACAACAACGGCGUGCUGCAACCGUCAUAUCCACCGCAUCCACCUCAACCUCCUCCGUACCCGCCGACGCCGAGCGUGUCGAGCGCGCUGAGCUCGGGCCACUUCCAGCACACGUACGCGGCGCAGGCGCCCCCUAGUGCAGACCAGACGGACGGAGCGCAGCACCAGAGAUUUGUAGAUGCCCGUUGGAUAAUAGCUGAACGAGAUUUGGAAAUAAGAGAAAACAUUGGCAAAGGCGAGUUCGGCGAUGUGAUGCUGGGCAUCCUCAACGGCAACCAGAAGGUGGCCGUGAAGAUCCUGAAGGACAGAGAGGCGGCGAGCAAAUUCCGAGCCGAGGCCAGCGUUAUGUCUUCAUUGAAGCAUGAGAACCUGGUGCGCUUGCUGGGCUGCGUGGUGUUCAGCUCUAACGGCAGCACUUGCUUAGUGACAGAGCACUGCGCGCAGGGCUCGCUGCUAGACUACCUGCGCAGCCGCGGCCGACACUACGUCACGCAGCAGGACCAGAUCAACUUCGCAUUUGACGCGUGUUGUGGUAUGGAGUACUUGGAGCGGCAACGGGUGGUGCAUCGAGACCUGGCGGCGCGCAAUGUGCUCAUCUCUGCGGAGGGUACGGCCAAGGUGGCGGACUUCGGGCUGGCGCGCUGCGAGACCGCGCCCGAGGACCCCGCCGACGCCAUGCGCGUGCAGGCCAAGCUGCCCAUCAAGUGGACCGCGCCAGAGGCACUCAAGUACAAUAAAUUUUCCAACAAGUCAGAUAUGUGGAGUUUUGGAAUAUUACUUUGGGAGAUAUAUUCGUUCGGAAGAGUGCCAUAUCCAAGAAUUCCGCUGGCGGAGGUGGUGCGGCACGUGGAGCGCGGGUACCGCAUGGAGGCGCCAGAGGGCUGCCCCGCUGGACCCUAUGACGUGAUGCGCGCCGCAUGGCACGCCGACCCUCAGCAGCGGCCCACCUUCGCUGCAACGCGCGCGCGCCUCGCCGCCAUGAGGGACGCGCUGCACCACGCACACCAGUAAAAGUGAAACGGCCAAAUGGUGGACAAAAUAAGUUAAACUGUAAAUUGUAUGAGAAUGCGCUGUGAAGAUGCAUGUGUAUUUUAUAUGUGUAUUAAU